GGUGGGGUGCCGGCGCGGUUUGGCUGCAGCGACACCGGCUUACAUAGAGCGGAGUCCGGCGUGUCCUUGGGCGUAGAAGUCAGACGGUGUGGGACGGCUGGACUCGUAGUCACCGCCGUGGGCGCAGCGUAAGCGGAGCGACAGGCUAGGCAGUACUGACAAUGGGAGAUAUUGAGAAGGGCAAGAAGAUUUUUGUCCAGAAAUGUUCCCAGUGCCAUACAGUUGAAAAAGGAGGCAAGCACAAGACUGGACCCAAUCUCCAUGGCCUGUUUGGACGCAAAACAGGACAAGCUCAGGGCUUCUCUUACACAGAUGCUAAUAAGAACAAAGGUAUCACUUGGGGUGAGGAUACUCUGAUGGAGUAUUUGGAAAAUCCAAAGAAGUACAUCCCAGGAACAAAGAUGAUUUUCGCGGGUAUCAAGAAGAAGUCUGAGAGAGUAGACUUAAUAGCAUAUCUCAAAGAUGCCACUUCAAAAUAAAAGUUAUCUGCUGCCUUAUUUAUUUCACAAAGGAGAUGGCAAUGGAAAUGUCUGUGACAAGAUUGGUUUUUAAACUUUCUAUUUUUAUGUAUACCAUGUCUAACCUUAAAAUCAGUUUUGCCCAUCACAUAAUGUCACUCAUGGUGGGUUACUGAUGAACACACUUGGCAGCCGUUAACUUAUGGAAGCUAUGUAACUGGGUUGAUUUAAAUGAGUAUAAUGUUCAGUUGUCCUUAAUCAUGAAAUUAAAAAAAAAAAAAAAAUUCCUGCCUCUUCAUUGUUUAAAACAACAACAAAAAAAAAGUAUCUAAGAAGUAAUUGUCAAAAGUGUAAUAGCUUUGAUAACCCAGCUCUUCAAGGUUUAAAAAAAAAAAAAAAAAAAAAAAAAAAAAAAAAAGCAGAGUGGGUCUUGGCAUCUUCCACCAUAAGUCUUCUGUAAAGAUUUAAAAGUAAACAAAGACUUAAAAAUAUUUUUCUGAACUGAUCAGUUGUAGGUGUUGUGGUGCAUAUUAAUCUAUCUAAAGCUUGGGGUAAGAAUGCAUCUCAAGUGCUACUUGUAAAAUGACACUUGUGCCCAGAUCCUUCAGUCUAGGAGAAACAUGUUACUUGAUUUAUCUGGACUUUCACAGUUGCAUGCACCAGUAGAAUAGAGUUCUCCAGUGUCAUUUUUACAUCUUUUUGAAUGUUAUUGAAACUCUGUGUUCAGUAGAUCUCCAGAGAAGAAAUAUUUGUAUUAUAGUGAAUGAAAGAAGAAACGUUUCUUCUGGAAAGGUAACUACAAAAGGCUGAGCUGAGAGUUGAUAAAUCUUAUUUCAGCAGUAGCAUUAACCUAAAAUCUACUGUUACACGCAACUGCUGAUUGAGACGCACAGCAAUAAAUGCACUGGUAGGCUAUUAGGAAAUGGUCUUCUGUGCCUGACUGUGUCAUCAACAGUGUUAAGUAGUAUGUUAGUGUUUUAAUUGCUUUUUCUUUUUUUCAGACUAAGCAAAUUGUUCAGAUGAAUGUAUUUACUGUGUAUCAACAGUAAGGCACAACUAAGAGCGAUCAAUCUUGUAAAUUAAAAGAAUUCAAAGUCUUA